UGCGCUAGCCUUUUACUGUGAAUCACGUGACCCCGUCAUUGAGGUAGGCGGAAAUGAAAGUUAACCAGCUAGCGGUACCAGAGGACCACAGCUGAAAAAGGGCUGUGAUGUCAUGGCAGCAGCCAGUGUGACAAGACCCGGCAAUGUCCAGACCACAGAGAAAUCACAGUUGAUCUUGAAAGUGGUCUCAGCAAAGCCUCAGUCACCUAAGCUGCCCACCCGCUCCAGACUCAGCUCUUUUGUGGAGGUGACUGCAGAUGGCCUGACUAGUGAAACCAAGAAAACGGGCAAACGAACUGGACACCUUGAGUUACAGUGGAAUGAGGACCUCACCCUGAAUGUGACGCCUCAGAGCCGGUUAGAUCUUAAGCUGUGGAGCUGCCACACUUUGAGGAAGGAGUUACUAGGGACUGCCACCAUUGACCUGCUUGACACUCUGCGUACACAUGAUGGCAAGAUGGAGAAUCUGCAGCUCAGUCUGGUCUUGCAGACCGAGAACAAAGGCUCACUUGUAGCUGGAGGCGAGCUGAACGUCUGUCUGGACGGCCUGGUUGUUGAUCUGGGAUCUUUGCCCAAUGGCAGCACAGCAACAGACAAGAUACUGCAGUCGGACAGAUCAAACCUACGCAGGACCCAGAGUGAGGAAACCUCCAGUACAGCCUGCAGUCCCCGCGGCAGGACUCACAGACACUCUGCAGAGGAUUCGCAAGGGGGUUCCCCGGGGGUCGCUCUGGCUAAUGGAGAGCCAAGUGAGGAGCAGAGUCCUGGGGCUUCUGGUCGCAACUACUCGGCCAAGAACUCUCACAGCAGCCCUGGGAGUGCAGGUAAAGUUGAGCUGACUGCCAAUGGGCUGGAGAAUGGCCGUAGCAGCCUGACUCGUCAUACACCCCCACCAUCCUCCCCGCCGGCCCGGUCCCCAGCCCCCAGCAGCAGCAGCCCCUGUCCUGGGCUAGACGGCACAAUCCUCCCUCCUCCUACAGAGGCACCCCCUGCUGGAGCUAACCCAGACACCGCCAACCCAACCACUGCCACAGAGCCGGUUCCAGAGUUACUACCCACUGGCUGGGAGCAACGAGUUCUGCCCCAUGGCAGGGUGUACUAUGUGGACCACAACACAAAGACCACCACCUGGGAAAGACCACUUCCACCUGGUUGGGAGAAGCGUGUGGACCAGCGAGGCAGGUUCUACUAUGUGGACCACAACACCAGAACCACCACGUGGCAGCGGCCCACAGAAGAAUCAGUCCGGAACUAUGAGCAGUGGCAGUCCCAGCGCAACCAGCUCCAAGGGGCAAUGCACCAGUUCAGCCAGAGGUUCCUCUACCAGUCGUCUGGUGCUCCUGCUGUGGAAAAUGACCCUCUCGGUGCGCUCCCUUCAGGAUGGGAGAAACGGCAGGACAAUGGGAGGGUGUAUUUUGUCAACCACAACACACGGACCACACAGUGGGAGGACCCAAGAACCCAAGGGAUGAUCCAGGAACCCCCCCUGCCCCCUGGCUGGGAAAUGAAGUACACCGCAGAGGGAGUCCGAUAUUUUGUGGAUCACAACUCUCGCACCACCAGCUUUAAAGACCCUCGUCCCGGGUUUGAGUCAGGGUCGAGAACUGGUAGUUCUCCCGGGGCCUAUGAUCGCAGCUUCAGGUGGAAGUAUCACCAGUUCCGCUUCCUGUGCCAUUCCAAUGCCUUACCCAGCCAUGUGAAAAUCUCAGUGUCCAGACAGACUCUAUUUGAGGACUCAUUUCAGCAGAUCAUGAAUGUGAAACCAUAUGACUUGCGUAGAAGACUCUACAUCAUCAUGAGGGGAGAGGAAGGUCUUGAUUAUGGAGGCAUUGCUAGAGAGUGGUUCUUCCUGCUGUCCCAUGAGGUGCUGAACCCCAUGUACUGUCUGUUUGAGUACGCUGGGAAGAACAACUACUGCCUGCAGAUCAACCCCGCCUCCUCCAUCAACCCUGACCACCUCACAUACUUCCGUUUCAUAGGGCGAUUCAUCGCCAUGGCCCUGUACCAUGGCAAGUUCAUCGAUACUGGCUUCACUCUGCCGUUCUACAAGCGUAUGCUCAACAAGAAACCCACUCUGAAAGACUUGGAGUCUAUUGACCCUGAGUUUUACAACUCCAUCAUGUGGGUGAAAGAUAACAGUCUGGAGGAGGGUGGGGUGGAGCUGUACUUUGCUCAGGAUAUGGAGAUUCUGGGGAAGGUGUCCACCCACCAGCUGAAGGAUGACGGAGAGGACGAGCUGGUCACCACGGAGAACAAGGAGGAGUACAUCAGUCUGCUGACAGACUGGCGGUUCACACGUGGAGUGGAGGAGCAGACCAAAGCCUUCUUGGAUGGCUUCAAUGAAGUCGUGCCUCUUGAGUGGCUUCGCUACUUUGACGAGAAAGAGCUGGAGCUGAUGCUAUGUGGGAUGCAAGAGAUAGACCUCAGUGACUGGCAGAAGAACACCAUCUAUCGGCACUACACCAAGAACAGCAAGCAGAUACAUUGGUUCUGGCAGGUGGUAAAGGAAAUGGACAAUGAGAAGCGGAUCCGCCUGCUCCAGUUUGUCACAGGAACAUGCCGUCUGCCAGUCGGAGGCUUUGCUGAACUCAUAGGGAGUAAUGGGCCUCAAAAAUUCUGUAUAGACAAGGUGGGGAAGGAGACUUGGCUUCCAAGAAGCCACACCUGCUUCAAUCGCCUGGACUUGCCACCCUACAAGAGUCUGGAGCAACUGCGAGAGAAACUUCUGUUUGCCAUUGAGGAGACCGAAGGAUUCGGGCAGGAAUAAGGGAAAAAUAAUCACAUAAUGAGUGAGGGAAGGUGGAUAGAGAAGGAAGAGUCAUUCAUUCAAGUAGUUUUGUUGUUAAUCACAGGAAUAUGAACUCUCUGAUCAUCUAGCCCCACUUCCAGGACUGUGGGAGCCCACCUGUACCUAUCCUCACACUAGGUUGUGGGUACAAGGGAACCAGGAUCAGAGUAGGGAACAGGUGUGUGAGCUGAGGGAUGGUCCAGAAAGAUUAGUGUUAUGAUAUGACCCUAAACCCUCUGUCCUGCCUGAAGACGCCAGCCACGAGAUCUAGAGCACACCAGAAGCAUAAAACAGGAUAAUGUCUUCGAAAUAAUUGUAUCAACUGCAAAUCGCAACAACAGCACAGCUACAGCCAGUAUAUCAUAUCUAUCUAAGAGAAAUUAACAUUUAAAAAUGAGAGCGUGUGUGUUUGAAUGGGAGAGAGAGAGUGGUUAUAAUUAGUGACUUCUGUUAAGAGGAAAGAUUGGUGAGAUGUGAUUUUUCUUUUCUGUUCAUUGUGAAAUUCAUUGUUACCUGUACAUAGCUCAAAUAAAUGACUCAAAUCUUG